UGCGCUUCGCUUGAGAACAUUUCGUGCAACUAAGUUGUGCUGUUUUUUCGAAACCGUGUUAAAUAAAAUUCCAGUGAUUGUGAAUCGCAAGUGUGAUCGAUAAUGAGGUCGAUCAAUUUGAUCCUAAUCUGUUCGGUCUUCGUAUCGACGGUUGGAUUCAAAGGCUGUUAUGGUCAUAGAGUACUCGGCAUCUUUCCUCUACAAUGCAGGAGUCACUUCUCGAUGUUCGAGGCAUUGAUGAAGGGUUUAGCGAGUAGAGGACAUCAGGUCGACGUCAUAAGUUUGUUUCCUCAAAAAAAUCCUCAUCCCAACUAUACCGAUAUAAUAAAACUUCCUUCACCCGACUUACAACUAUUUAAUACCCUAACAUACGAGAUGAUGAAAAAAUCUGUAGAAGAGAUGGAAGUGCAGUUGAUAGGCUUGGUCGCUGGUAACGGUGCAUGUGCUGAACUGAGCAAUCCUGAGAUGCAACGACUUAUAAAAAAUCCUCCGAAAGAUCGACCGUACGAUUUGCUUAUAACAGAGUUAUUCGCUACCAAUUGUUACAUGGCUCUCGGGUAUCAUCUGAAAGUACCUACGAUCGCAACCAUUUCUACCAGUCUUUAUCCUUGGCAUGACCGAAUAGUGGGGAAUCCAGCUAAUUUGGCUAUCCGACCAAAUAACUUUUAUGCUCCCCCGUUACCGAUGGAUUUUUCGACCAGGUUGUACAACACCGUGUACUCGUAUUUCAUUGAUGCCUACUUCAAAUAUCUCACGGUGAGUCCCCAGGACGCAAUGGUGAAGAAGUACAUCGAUGAAAAAAUACCAUCGACCAGAGACAUCGAGAGAAACGUCGCCCUCGUUCUGACCAAUACCCAUUACUCUUUCAACGGGCCAGUGCCGAUGACGUCGGCUGUCAUCGAAGUUGGUGGAAUCCAUAUUCGGGACGACGACUCCAAAAUUCCUGAGGACCUUGAAGAAUGGAUGGACCGAAGCACGGACGGUUUUGUUUAUUUUUCGUUUGGAUCGAUGUUGCGAAUCGACUCGUUGCCGGAGCACAUAAUCCGAGUAUUUUAUAGAUCAUUUGAAAAAAUAUCGCCGAUAAGGGUAUUGAUGAAAGUUACAUACGAAGAGCAACUGCCACCUGGUUUACCGAAAAACAUUCGCACCUUCAAGUGGUUGCCGCAGUUGAAGGUUUUUCGUCAUAAACACAUGAAAGCUUUCAUCACACAUGGAGGUAUGUUGGGUAUUCAGGAAGCGAUACAUUUCGCUAUUCCUAUGAUCGCCAUGCCAAUAUUUGCGGAGCAAUUUUCAAACGCUAAUCGCGUAGCGUUUAUAAAAAUCGGCAUAAAAUUAUCCGUUGAAGUUUUAACGGAGGAAACAUUGGACGAGGCUCUUCAUGAGAUUUUCUACAAUCCAAUAUACAAGAAGAAAAUACUCCAAGUCUCUGCCCAGUUUCACGACCGUCCCAUGGCUCCAAUGGAUACGGCCGUAUGGUGGAUCGAAUAUGUGUUGAGACGGGGAGAUCAAUCUCUUCGAUCGGUUGCCAUGGAUCUCCACUGGUGGCAGAUUGAACUGCUCGAUGUCUACACGGCCAUUCUCGUAGUCAUAAUGAUUUCGGUGUUUAGUAUCAUUAGUUUCAUACGAUUGAUAGUCAAGAAAUUAUUCAUCGAUCACUUGGGUUCGCUCAACGGUUUAGCAGCAGGGAAAACCUCGCUACAAUAGAUAGACAAAGCCAUUACAAUCCCCAUUAGCAGGUGAAAUUUUGUCAACGACCAUCCAACGUCACUGUGUGAACCGACGAGGACAAUUACGUGGGUUAUCCCAGGUUGAAUGGUCAAUAAAAUGGUUCAGAUUUUGAGUCAUUUUUUGAUCCGGUUCUCUGAUAGAGAUUCGUUAUGACUAAUAGCACUGAAAAACUCUUGAACUUUCACAUGGUAUAUAAUAAAAACGGGUGAAAAUAGAGUAAAAAAGCAGGGCAUCGGUCGCGUGGGCGGACGAUUUUCAAAAACGAGGUGCUUAGUCGAAUCGUUUUUUUAUCCAAAAUUUGAUGCUUGACUAUUUUUGCUUUUUUUUUUUUUCAUCUGUUUUGACA